CCGAUGAAAAAAAGGGCCUGCUGUAAAAGAAUCGCCCGGGUACCUGCUGGCCAUUGGUCCGUUGCAGGGCCGCCACCUCCCGUCAUCCUCCCGCCAUCGCUUUCCUCCCUUCCUCUGCCACUUCUCCUCCGCGUCCGCCACCUCCCGUCCGCCUCCUCCCGUGAUCACCUCUCCGCCUCCGCCGCUUCCCGUCAUCUCCUCCUCGCCAUCUCCUCUCUCGGUUUCCUCCCCGCCUCCGCCACUUCUCCACCUCUGCCACCUCCCGUCCGCCUCUCCUCCGCCUCCGCCACCUCCCGUCCGCCACUUGCCGUCAUCUCCUCCCGCCAUCACCUCUCCGCCUCCGCCACCUCCCGUCCGCCUCCUCCUGCCAUCUCCUCUCUUGCUUUCCUCCCGCCUCCGCCACUUCUCCACCUCUGCCACCUCCCGUCAUCUCCUCCCGCCAUCGCCUCUUUGCCACCGCCACUUCCCGUCCGCCUCCUCUCGCCAUCUCCUCUCUGCCUACGCCCACUUCUCCUCCUCUCCGCCCCGGCCUCUGUUCCGCUGCCCGCACAUCGGCCAUGCCUCUGCCCGCCUUAAAAAAAAAAAACGGUGCGCGCCCACCUCCCCACUCCCAGCGCCAACCUCCUGUCCGCCUCCGCCCAGGUGCCUCUCGCCAUUGGGAUCGCCAAUCUCCCCUCGGCAUCCGCCCACCUCCCGUCCGCCUCCUCCCGCCAUCUCCUCUCAUCUUCUGCUCACCUCCGUUCUGGCAGACAGCAGAAUGUCGGGGUUCAACCUCCUGAUGAGUCGGUGAAAGUUCGACGAAACAGUCUGGCACGCAUCUGCUUCCUUUGGUGGAGUUGUCUACAGCGAACAUGGCGACACACGCACACACUAUGCUCACACACGCACACAAGAGAUAGAUAGAUAGAUAGAUAGAUAGAUAGAUAGAUAUAGAGAGAGAGAGAGAGAGAGAGAGAGAGAGAGAGAGAGAGAGAGAGAGAGAGAGAGCACCCCACCAUUACCACGCUUUCUGAUGAAGACGACGUUGAAGAUGCUGAGGAAGACGAAAGAUAAGGGACAUGAUUGACGAGGACAAGAUGAGGAUGAUGAAGAGAGUGACGAGGACAUGCCUUCCACCCGCCUGCCUUGGGAAGGCUCCGAUCGGGAGUACACCUAUGAAGAGCUGCUGGGCCGUGGGUUUGCAAUUUUGAGGGAGAACAAUCCAGGCCUUGCUGCAGAAAAGAACGAAGACGAUCAUGAAGCCACCUCAGGUGCUCCGAGAAGGCACGAAGAAGACCAUUUUUGUGAACUUCAUGGACUUGUGUAAAACGAUGCAUCGGCAGGCAGAGCAUGUUAUGGCAUUCCUACUGGCUGAGCUGGGAACCACAGGGUCACGGGAUGGGCAACAAAGGUUGAUUUGUAAGGGGCGAUUCUUGCCCAAGGUCUUUGAAGGAGUUCUUCGUCGUUAUAUGACGGAGUAUGUGAUGUGUGUUGGGUGCAAGAGCUCUGAUGAUAUCUUGUCAAAAGAGAACCGGAUGUUCUUCUUAAGAUGUCAGCAGUGUGGAAGCGCGAGGUCAGUUGCACCUAUCAAGGCUGGUUUCGUUGCAAGAAUCGAGAAGGCGUAGAGCUGGUUGCUUGUGAGUCGAGACAAGGUUUGUGCCCGCCAGCAGGACAUUGUUGUCAUGGCCUGACGGCAGGAAGGUAUCUCCCCACUUGAUUUCAGAUUUCAGAUUGUAGAGAGUGUCCAGCCUCUAGCAGGACUUUGUUGAAACGGUUUGACGGCAUAUGUUGCUUGCUUGAAUUGAGGAGACAGAUGAGAAAGUGACCUGUAGGGGUUGUUUGUUAUUUUGGCAAGUGUAAGGAGGCAUACGUGGCGGAUUGGUUGCGUGGACUGGAGGCGGCGUAGCCUCCAAUUGAGGUGAGGUUCAUUCCACUCCACUUCGGUAGCUCAAAAGCCUGGUAGACGGUCUUUUAAGGAUUGCGAAGAUCGCAUUGGUGUGAGUGAUUUGUGGCAUAUGUAUGCCUACGUGAGCGUCUGUCUUUUCUUUUGUUUCUAUUCAACGGCUUUGACUGUGGCUUUCUUGCGUUGUAUCUUGUGCACACCAUCUUCCCUACACUAUUAAAAUCGCUAAGGGGACAAAUCUAACAUCCGGGCCGUCGUUGGUCCUACCGGCCCACGGCCCAGAUCGACCGAAUCAUGUAACAAAUCUGUCAUCUGGGC